CACCCACCACGUGGAGAAUGACUGAUUAUUCUUCUGACCUCUAUUGGUUCUCAGAUAGUCACGUGACUCCUGACCUACCACAGGACCAGUAUUAUUACAGUAGCCAUUGUUCAGCGAACACUCCAAUCAUCGUUGAUAAUGGAAGCUGGAAGUGUAGGGCGGGAUGGGGAUCACUUGACCAGCCUCAAUUUGUGUUUCGGAGCCUAAUGGCUCGAAUGAGAGGGAAAAGGGGAGAGAACGAUUUUACACUUGUCGGUAAUGAUAUCGGCAAUAUUGAGUCUCUUCGCUCGUCAAUCAAGAAUCAAUUUGAUAGGAACGUAGUAACAAAUUUUUCAAAUCAAGAACAAAUUUUUGAUCAUUUAUUUACAUUGCUUGGUCUAAGUAACGAAUCGUCAGUACAUCAUCCUGUGCUUGUCAGUGAGCCACCUUGUAACCCACCAUAUUGUAGGAACAUUAUGUCAGAGCUUCUCUUUGAAUGUUAUCAAGUCCCUUCGGUCUCUUAUGGAAUAGAUGCUUUAUAUAACUUGUAUCAUACUUUAGGUGGGCGUGUAAGUGACGCUCUGGUUAUUAAUUGUGGUUAUCAAACGACCCAUGUAUGCCCUGUACUGGAUGGACUAUUCCAGCCUGAUCAAUGCAAGAGGAUUAAUGUGGGAGGGUGGCAUAUAUCAAGUUACCUCCAGAGGUUGCUUCAGUUACGCUACCAAGCCUUGCAAUCGCUUAUAUCGCUGACAAGAGCAGAAGAACUAGUCCACACUCACUGCUUUGUGGCCGAGAGAUACAUAGAGAUGCUUUCAAAGAAGGACUGGCCUAAACUGACCGUCCAGUUGCCUUAUGUUGCAAUAGGAGGAGGAGGAGCUGUGGGCGGGGCUAGUAUUGAUCUUGCCAAGCAAGAGGAGAAAGUUUUACAAAGGAGAGAGAGGGCAAGGCAGCAUUUGUUGAGACUUAGUCAAACUAAAAGAGAGGAAAAAAUUGCUAGUUUGGAGGGACAAUUAGAAAAACUCAUUCAUCUCCAGCAAUUAGCAGCUGUCAUGUCGGAUCCAGAAGAAUAUAGACUAGCACUGGAAGAGUCUGGAUUUAAUUCUUUAGAGAGUGUCUUAAAGGAAAUUUCACAGAUUGAGGAAGUGUUAGAGAUAGAGAGAUCCCGUCUUUUAGCAACGCAGCAAAAAAUGCAAGAAGCAGCAACGCAGGCAGUGACAGGAGGAGGAGAGAGUAACGAGCCUAAAGUUGACUCUCAAUGGCUGCAAGUAUUACAAACAAGAAAGAAAGAGAUAUUGGAACAGAAAAGAGUUCGUAAUCAGCAGAAGCAAGAAUAUAGUAAGAGAAGGUCGGCAGCCUCGCAGGAUAGGAUGAGAAUCAUAUCACAAUUAGCUGAAGACAACUCAGGUAAAAAGAGUGGAAGCCAGCCUGAUACUUUUGGCAUGAAUGAUGAUGACUGGAACAUAUACAGAGCCAUUCAUAAGCCUGGGACUGGUGGUGGGUCUGAUAGUGAGAAGGAAGAAGCAGAACUGGCUGAGAUUAAUAAAGUAUUGCAGCAUCAUGAACCAGUCAAUCCUGCUGGAACUAGCUCACACUAUCAAUUACAAUUAGGUGUUGAACUGUGCAGAGCUUCAGAAGUGUUGUUCCAACCAUCAAUGAUAGGAUUGGAUCAGUGUGGUCUGAUCGAUGUUAUUGAAGCUGUACUUUCAGGGUAUACUCCUGACGUACAGAAUAGACUAAUGAAUUGUGUCUUUGUAUGUGGAGGUAGCUCACAAUUAAAAGGAAUGGAGGAAAGACUCAGUAUAGAGCUAACUGCAGCAAGACCAUUCCAGUCAACAUUCACAAUACUACCGGCUGCUGACAAGCUGCAUGGGAGCUGGAGAGGUGCAGCACUUUAUUCAUCAGAUGAGAGUGUGUGGUUUACACGAUCACGAUAUAUGGAGGAAGGGAUUGAGUAUCGUAUUGAACAUUUGGCCUCUAAUAGAUGCACAUGAUUUAAAUUGAUUUUAUUCAUCACAUUGUUUUAGCAUUGUUUUUAACUCAA